AUGUUGGUCAUAGUACUGUUAUAUAUUAUCUGUUCUAUUCAAGCACAGUCUUGUGAAAAAAGAAAACCUAUUCUAAUACUAAGUGGAAUUUUAGCUUCACAGUUAAUGAUUGAUGCUGAUAUAGACACUUCGAUAGAAUUACCCCCUCAAUGUCCUCAUAAGGUUAAAGGUCAAAUUUGGAUUAACAGAAAAGACCUUAUUCCUUUUAACAAUUCUGCAUGUUUUAUUGAAUAUAUGAAAACAUAUUGGAAUUCUUCUACUAGCAAAAUGGAAAACAUUCCAGGAGCUAAUAUAUAUUAUCCAAACUUUCCAUCUACAAAAGGAAUUUUUGCUUUAGCACCAGAUAACCAAAAACUUCUUCAAUCAAAAACUAAAGUAUUUGCUGCAAUGAUUCAUGACCUAAAAGCUGCAGGAUGGAAAGAUGGUGUUGAUUUAGUUUCUCCUGGUUAUGACUGGAGAUAUGCAGAUAGAAGUAAUAAUAACUGGAUUGAAAAAACAACUCAACUAAUCCAACAAUUAGUAAACAAUAAUGGUUAUAAAGUUAUCAUUGUUACUCAUAGUUUUGGUGGACUUGCUGUUUUAGAUUUAAUUAGUUCUAUGUCAAAAAAAUUCUGUGACCAAUACAUUGAUAAAAUUAUCACUCUAAAUGCUCCUUUCAUUGGUUCAACAAAAACCUUACGAACAUUUUUAACAGGAGAAGAUUUAGGACUAAAACUUGAUCCAUUGUUAUUAAGACCAUUAGCACGUUCAUGGGAAUCUGAUUACCAAUUAAUGCCCAACCAAAAAUAUUGGAAAAAUGAUAAUGUUGUACAGGUUGGAAAUAAAAAAUAUUCCGCUAACAACAUCAAUGCCAUCAUUGAUCUUGUUGAAGAAGUAAAAGAGUUUGGUAAUAUUAUUUAUAACUCAAGCAUUAAUAGAUUUCCAUUGGAAUAUGUUCCAAAUAAUGUUACAUUACAUUGUUUAUAUUCUCAUGGUAUUGAAACAAUUGUUGGAAUUAAGUAUGACUCCUUGGACCAUGACUUCCAAGAUGUUAGUUACGUUUAUGGAGAUGGAGAUGGAGUUGUUGACCUCCAGUCUUUGGAAUGGUGUAAACUUCCUGGGUUUGCUAAAGUUGUAAAAGAUUUAGGAAAAGGAGAGCAUGGAACAGUAAUUUCAAACACAGAAGUUUUUGAUUACAUAAAAAACGAAGCAUGUGCUACCGAAUCAAAAAUAAAAGUAUGA